UUGGCUUGAUUUCAGAAAACGCUUGGGUGUUCUUUUUUGUAUAUUAUUGAAAAUUUAAUAAACAAUUUAAAAAUGACUACUCAUAAAUGUAGAGCUUGUGCAGACACGAUAGUAACAGCCAACCCCAAGGAUAUAUUUACCAACGAAAAUAAAGCAGUGCUUAAAAAUAUAAGAAGUCUAACAGGACUGGAGUUCAAUUACAGUGAGGAUUUGCCAACACAUAUUUGCACUUGCUGCUAUCUGGAUUUGCAACAUGCAGCUUUGUUUCGAGAACGUUGCAUUAAAGCGCAGCAACUUCUAUUGGAAGAUCCCAAGCUGGAGUUACUGGACGAAAACGAGGAGAAUCAAGAAGACGAAGAGGAUGAAGAAGACAAAAGCAAUGUGCUGGAUCCAAUGAUGGAGUACAAAAUGGUCAAUGAAUUGGACGCCGUAAAAAGCCCAGGGAAGAGGCGCUCGAAAGUGCCUUUGACCAGCAAUUAUCCUCGCGUCCUUAUCAAACGAUUACCGUCACCGGUAAAGAAAAUAGAAGCUCCAGAAUUCGAUGACCCUAUUAGAAGACGGAGAAAACGAAAGCCCUACUAUACUGGCGAUAAGAAAUAUACUUGCGAGCAUUGUGGAUGGUCUUUUCGUGAUUGUGGCAAUAUGCUAGCGCAUCGACGGACACACGGGGAACCCACAUUCCAGUGUGAUGAAUGUGCGCGUAAGUUCUAUACGCAACCCUUACUUAAUUUACAUAUCCGGGUCAGACAUAGAAAUGAAUUGCCCUUCAUUUGCAAAUACUGCGGACAAGGAUUCCCGAAUAGUCCAGCUCGGUGUCGGCAUGAAAGAACAAUGCAUCCAAAUGAAUUGCCAUUUCGGUGUUCCAUAUGCCCUAAAACUUUCAUAAGUAAAAUUAGUCUAGAUAAACACAUUCAAUUUCAUAAAGAUGGCGAAAAGACUGUUAAGCACAUCUGUACAUCUUGUAACAAACAAUUUGUGGAUAAACAGACUUUAAAAAAACACUAUGAAACCAAAUAUCACAGAAGAAGAAUUGCGGAAUACGUGGAAUCUGACAAGGAUGAAGCAAGCUUGGUCAGCGAUGGGAACUUUGACGAAUACGACUUGGCUGAAUCACUAAUGGCUGAUGAAAUGGAUGAUUAGCAACACAAUUUAAAACUUUAUCCUUUGUAGUAUAUAUUUGUAGUGCAUAUGUAUUUGCUUAGUAACCUUUGUUUACCUUAGCGGGAACAUUUUUUUAAUAAAAUACCGAUGAUUCUGUCUUUCUAACCCUA